CGAAUAGUGAAUACAAAAUUUACACGCGUCCCUUAGUGCCGCUUAUUUUCGUAUUGAAUUAUUGAUAACAGAUAUGUAUUUAUAUAUAAAAGUGUCACAAUAUACAUACGAUAGAUACUACACGCUUUACGAAUGAGUUUCCUCAAUAAAUGACUUCAUUUACAAUAAUGAAUCGUGUUAAAAUAGUAUAGUGUAUCACGACUCUCAGUCUAAUCUCGUAGGUCAAGUUCACAAUGUGUUUACUUAUGUACAUCAUUAGCAAAAUGUGAAAAAACCUCAGUACACAUGCCGCUUCCACGCGGCGAGGAGUUUCAAAUAUUGUUACAUUUUUUUACGCAUUUUCGAAAAUGUUUACGGUGCUUUUCAUGAUUUGUUUACGCGUGGCGUUUAGUGCGAGUGAUGAAAGUGACUUGGGAUAUAGUUUGAGUAUAGGGAAUGCUAUAAAUGUGUUUGCCAACUACGGCGAUCUCUCCCAAGUAACCCAAGUGAUCUCAGCGGACUAUGACGACGACGAGGAGGAUUUCCCAGAGCCCUUCAGCGAGAAAAACAUUAAGGUUUUCCUCAAUGUGAGCAGCAAAGAAACCCUGGGCGAAGACAGGGUGGAGAUGAACAUCUUACUCUGUGAGACCUUUGAUGAGCUGCUCGAUGGGUACUUCCAGAAUUUUCAGAUUGAAGGAACAGACAAGCCCUGGAAAGCGUUCAUGGGCGACUGGAUCCAAGACGAAAUCAUGCGCACCCUCGGCAUCGAUGUCGACAUCGUCCGCGACAACUGCUGCUACGUGCUUCUAAAGCUGUCAAAAGUGCACAAAACUGUCAAGAUUGACAGUUUGGAACACGUGGCUGUCAAGAGCUAUGUGGAGAAGGCGAUGAGCGCCAUGAAUGGGAGUGAUGUUGCGGAUAUCAGGAAGUUUAUGAGGAGUUAUGGAACGCAUUAUAUUGAUUCUUAUGUGACGGGGAACUUUGUGUAUCAGGUGUUCAAAUUCAAAAGGUACGGGUACAACAUGCUGCGUUCGUACGUACGGGACCGGAAACACCAUACGGACAACUCGGACAGACUGAGGUCCCACUUCGCCUCCAACUUCCUCAGACAAGUGGGGGAUAUUAGGAUAGCAAGCGGCAAAAAAACCAUAGAGGCCUGGGCCCGACGGAACCUCCUGGACAGCCAGUACCUCUACUACCGACCAAGUUUACUGCGACUCUUCUACAAUAACGCUUUAAUCCUGUCCCUCAAUCGUAUGUUGGACGACGGAGCCCUAUUAGGGCUGACCCUUAAGACCCUAGCGCCCUUGUUUAAAGAUGAGGAGAAGAGAAAACGAUAUGUUGAGGUGGUGGAGAAUGAUAUGAAGCUUUGGGAGGUUAAUGCUUGACCUUAUUUAGAUAGGCAAAUAAAUAAUAAUUAUACAUUAAGAAGAAUGAUACAGAUAUGAAAUUAUGAAUAUUGAAUACACCACUCGGAAGGUUGACGACACCUGUGACGACUUCAUAAAGCUUUUUAGCUAAUUCUAUUUUGGCUAGUCGUCAUUAAUGUCAAAUUUGUAUGAAAAAAUCGUCGGGUGACAAGCAAAAGUCACUAACACCAUUGAAAUUAUUGGACAAUAAACCGUGUUACAAGUGCAAUAAAGUGCAUUGUUACUUUAUGUUUUUGAUAGUACUUAGUGACUUUUGCUUGUCACCCGACGAUAUGACGUUUACACUUCCUCACUUUGUUAUAUAUUCAAAUCGGUGCAAAGUUUACUUAGGGG